UGGGAAGUUGACUGAAAGCAGCACUCUGCUUCACCUGAGUUGAAGUUCAUACUCUGGUGGAUCACCUCAGAGAUGCAGCUCACCUCAACAUUUCCAAGCUCUGCCGGGAUGUGCAUGUUGCUGCUAGUCUCAAGUCUGCUCCUUUGGGAGCAUGCAGCCUCCAAACCAACUGGCGUUGUGUCCACUGAAGACCUGUAUGAUCGUGUAGUUGAACAGUCUCACGUCACAUAUAACCUGGCUGCAGAUAUCUACUAUGAAUUUGAUUCAAACUUUUUCAAGAGUAGUUGGUUUCCUAAGAGGAUGCCCAGGAUAUGCCACACCGCUUCCAUCCAUACUCCAGACUCUCGUCAGGAAGUCAAUGAAACAAAAACUGAAGACCUUCUGAAAGCAAUCAUCAACAUCACUAAUGCCUGGGAAGAACCGCUGAAACAUCUGGUGUCGGCAGUGCCCUCUCUUCCAAAACCUUCUGAUGAUAUGCUGAAAACAGUCAAUGCUGUGAAGGCUAAAAGUCUUGUUCUUCUGGAGGGACUUAAAACCAUUCUCAACAGGACCAAGACUGUAUAUGAAGAAACUGACUCCCCUGUCUGGUCUGGACUGUCAGACUUAAAGUCAGCUGAUGAAGACACUCAACUUUUUGCCUUUUAUAGCCUUGUCCGCUGCCUGAGACGGGAUACUCAUAAGAUCGACACUUUUCUCAAGGUCUUGAGGUGCCGAGUUGUCUUUAAUAAUGAGUGUUUGUUUUAAGAAGUGCAAAGUGCACGUCCCUGCAAUGUUCUGUUAACAGGGUCCUUGUUGAAGCAGAACUUUAAUUCUUUUUUUUUUCUUGUCAAUGCAUGCAUGCAUAUAAUGGAUUUCUUCUUAUAAAAUAAAAUCUAAGCAUUUAUAA